GGGUGAAGAGUGCUUUAUCUAUAAGCAUCAUCUCGCUUUCAGUUUUCAAGUUUUUGAUCAUUUCUCAUCUCCACUCUCCACAAUCCUCCUUUCAAUCAUAUCUUCCAAAUUCUGAUAUAAAUUUCAAUCACAAAGACAAACGUAAUAUAUAUUGUAUUCCCUGCUUUCCUCCAGCGCCUCCGAUCCUCUCUCUCUGUCUCUGAUCAUCGCCAUCAAUGGCGAAACCGCCGUCGACGCAAGCGGAUCCGCCAUUUGCGGAGGGCGGCCGGCGGGAAGAAGACGCCGGAGCACUGUUCGUGCUGGAAUCGAAAGGGAAGUGGUGGCACGCGGGGUAUCAUCUGACGACGGCGAUAGUGGGGCCCACGAUCCUGGCGCUGCCGUACGUGUUCAGGGGACUGGGGUGGGGGCUGGGCCUCUUCUGCCUCACCGCCAUGGCCGCUGUCACCUUCUACUCCUACUUCCUCAUGUCCAAGGUCCUCGACCACUGCGAGUCCCGCGGCCGCCGCCACAUCCGAUUCCGGGAGCUCGCCGCCGACGUCUUUGGAUCAGGAUGGAUAUUCUAUUUUGUAAUAUACAUUCAAGUUGCCAUCAAUACUGGAGUUGGGAUUGGAGCUAUUUUACUCGCAGGAGAAUGUAUUCAGAUCGUGUAUUCGAAUAUUUUGCCAAAUGGGACAUUGACAUUGUACGACUUCAUAGCAAUGGUGACUAUCGCAAUGAUAAUUUUAUCUCAACUGCCAACCUUUCACUCCCUUAGGCACAUCAACAUGGCCUCUCUCUUCCUCAGCUUGGCAUACACUUUCCUCGUCGUUGGCGCUUGCAUUCAUGCAGUUUAUUAUCUUGCAGGGUCCUCCAAAAAUGCCCCACCAAGGGACUAUUCCCUUGAAUCUUCAAAGUCAGCAAGGGUUUUCAGUGCUUUCUCUUCCAUUUCCAUCAUUGCUGCCAUUUUUGGCAAUGGGAUUCUUCCUGAAAUACAGGCUACAGUGGCACCACCAGCUGCUGGAAAAAUGCUCAAAGGCCUUUUGAUGUGCUACGCUGUAAUAUUCAUAACCUUCUACUCGGCUGCAGUGUCUGGAUACUUGGUGUUUGGCAACAAGUCUAACUCAAACAUCCUUAAAAGCUUAAUUCCAGACAAUGAACCUUCUCUGGCUCCUACAUGGGUUCUUGGGCUAGCAGUGAUCUGUGUCCUCCUCCAGCUACUUGCCAUUGGCCUGGUUUAUUCUCAAGUGGCAUAUGAGAUGAUGGAGAAGAAGUCAGCAGAUGUGAAGCAAGGGGUGUUCUCAAGGAGAAACCUGAUCCCAAGGCUGUUCCUGAGGAGUGUGUACAUGGUGCUGUGUGGGUUUUUUGCAGCAAUGCUGCCUUUCUUUGGGGACAUCAAUGGCGUGGUGGGAGCCAUAGGGUUCAUCCCUCUGGACUUUGUCCUCCCAAUGCUUCUCUACAACAUGACUCACAGGCCUCCCAAGUCCUCCUUCACCUACCGCCUCAACAUCUCCAUUGUGUUUGUCUUCACUGCUGUGGGAAUCAUGGGUGCCUUCUCUUCCAUCAGGAGGCUGGUUCUUGAUGCCAACAGGUUCAAGCUCUUCAGCAGUGAUGUUGUGGAUUAGCCCACUACCUUUAGCUAGCUAGCUUGAACAUAUACACGUGCACACAUACACACAUAGUGAGGUACCUAAUGGUAGAGUACUCAUCCUCGAUCAAUAUUGUACUUCUGAUAGUUUUGUUUUAUCCAACAACUAAUAUAGAGCUGUCAUUUUGGGCUUAAUUAGUCAUUGAAGAUUGAGAAUAUGACUAAGGUUGACACGUGUAGAUAUUGAAAUGUGGUGGGCAUUAGGGUUUUUUUUUUUUAAAUUGAGAAUAUUGAGAAUGUGUGGCAUUGGGAAUCUCAAUCGAACCGUUUUUAUUUCUU